AUGGUAACCCUCUUCUCUGGUCGAACUUUGAUCAGGAAUAACAGCAACCAGGAUGAAGUGGAGACCGAGGCAGAGCUGAGCCGCCGGUUAGAGAAUCGUCUUGUGCUGCUGUUCUUUGGCACUGGAGCCUGUCCCCAGUGCCAGGCCUUUGCCCCAGUCCUCAAAGACUUUUUUGUGCGACUCACUGAUGAGUUCUACGUGCUGCGGGCGGCACAGCUGGCCCUGGUCUACGUGUCCCAGGACCCCACAGAGGAGCAACAGGACCUAUUCCUCAGGGACAUGCCUGAGAAGUGGCUCUUCCUGCCAUUCCAUGAUGACCUGAGGAGGGACCUCGGUCGCCAGUUCUCUGUGCGUCGCCUGCCGGCUGUCGUGGUGCUCAAACCAGGUGGAGACGUGCUGACGAGCGACGCGACAGACGAGAUCCAGCGCCUGGGACCCUCCUGCUUCGCCAACUGGCAGGAGGCGGCGGAGCUGCUGGACCGCAACUUCCUACAGCCCGAGGACCUGGACGAACCCGUGCGACGCAGCAUCACCGAGCCCCUGCGCCGCCGCAAGUACCGCGUGGACCGAGAUGCGGGCCGGGGCCGGAGCCGGAGAGGCCACGACUCCGGUGACCUCCAGGGGAAUGAGGGUGCAAGGGCAGAGCUCUGGUGA